AUGCUUCUGGAUGUAGUUACCACCGGCCAUGACCGUAAAUUCCGAAACAAUCAUUGCAAAGGCCUUGGAAUGUUAGCAGGUGUUCACGUCUCGUCCACUUAUCUGUCUCAUGUGCAAAAGCUGGCUGGAAGAACCUUGAGCAGAUAUUCCUUGUCGUUGAGGAGCGGAUCCAGCCAGCGAGCGAACACAGGAUGUUUGUUCAAACGAGAUACUUAUCAUCUUUCUCAUCUUACUUCAGUUGCCUCGAUGCGGGAGUUCGACAUUCUACCGGUGAUUGAUUCUCAAACUCGAAGCUCCAGCACAACAGCUCAUGACCAAGUUUCGCCGUCAAAAGGCUUAUCAAAGUGUGCAUCUGAUUCCACUUCACCUCUAGAACACGAUGCACAUGGCGCUGUAUCUCAAUUCAUUUCUUUUCCUGAAAACACAGCCAUCUCCCCUGGAACGCCUCUCGAAGAACUCGCCAAAUUCUUCAAGUCAGAGAGGUUUGCCAUUGUUACGGACACCGAACGUCGGUUUGUGUUAGCUAUCGUAGUACGAGAGGAUCUAGAGAAGUAA